CUAGAGCUAGCCCCAGAGGUCAGGUUACCAAGAACCGCCUUGAAGAAGGAAGGAGGGUACACUUCCGAGAGUGUCCCAAAAGACCGAAUGGACACUUGGUUUUGGGUGUGGGGAAUUGGGGGUUCCUGUGUGGGUUGUAUUCUGUUUUUCUGUUGGCUGAAAUUUUGUGAUAUUGAGGACAAACACCAGUGUAAAAAUGAGGACACACUUAUACUUAUUGAUAUUGAUAAUGAUGCCAUUGGUGCAGACUCAGAUGGGUUGGGACAAGAACAUGUUCCACCAAUUAAUUAAAGAGAUAGCCAAAGAAGCAGAGGUUGCGGACUGCUGGAUUUGUGCCCAUAGCCCUCACUCCCAAUAUGAGGGUUGGGUCAUGAAAGCAGGGCCACUGCUGGAUAUAUCUGGAUGGAAAUUGUUCACCCCUUGGACAUAUGAACGUGAGGAGGGGUUGACAGAUUCGGCCCAAUUUUUAUUGGCCCUUGAUGAUUCUGCACCAGCCGCAUCAGCCUGUUUGACACGAUCAAAAGAAGGGAUCUCAGAAAUUGAUCAUAAGAACUUCCCCCAAGCCAAUCUCAUAGAAGUAGGGGAUUAUCCCCGUUGUAAUCUCACUCUCCCUGUAUAUUAUGACAACAUACACUUUGGAGUUGAACAGCUACAGCCACAACAGGAUGGUCACACGCAAAGAUUGAGGAGGCAAGCGGCCUCACCGGAAGGGGGUGACAAGAAACCGCCCUCUCGUCCGGCCCGUAAUGGGAAAGUUAACACACCCCCCAAAAUAUAUGUGGUUAAGCCCGGGUCGGAGCUGCCUCGGGCAGCAACUCAGCCACCUGAGGCGGGAGCGGCGGCUCCACCACAACCGCCUGUGGGUGGUGCUGCAUCUUCACCCCGAUCACCAGUGGUGAAGGCUGCACCCCCACCGCGGCAAGAUUUGAUCCGGACGCGAGGAAAUUUCCCAAUGGAAUACCAAAUUCCUGGAAGGCCAAGGCCCGGUAUACUGCUUGAUAACCAUGCAAUGGGAGGAUUGCCUCCAGGGUAUUUUUGGAUUUGUGGGAAGUGGGGAGGUAAAGUCUUACCCCCACUAUGGGUUGGAACCUGCACCAUUGGUACCCUAGUCCCCACUAAUAUUGGGAUACACCCGCGAGAGCAGCCCCUGCAUGCAUUGGAAGCAGCUGACCGGUGGAACAGGCCUAAAAGAUCAUAUGAUGAAAAACGUGGCUAUGAUCCUGAUAAUACGUAUCUUUCAGAGGGAGAAAGAUUUGCAACAAUCUUGUUCCCUAGUCUGGGAGUUGCCCUAAAUGUCAAACAACUGAGGAGGCUCUCUGCCCAACUGGAAAUCUUGGCUAAUCAGACUGUUAUAGGCAUGAAAGCACUCCAGACUGAAAUUGACUCACUGGCAGGAGUCCUUAUGCAACACAAGAUGGCAUUAGAUUACCUUCUGGCAGCAGAAGGUGGCUUAUGCAUAUGGUUGAACACAACUUGCUGCCAUUAUGUCAAUGAGUCUGGACUUAUUGAAUCUGAUGUGGCCAAAAUCAACACUGUUGUCUCCACAAUAAGGGCUACUUACACCCCCAAGGGAACUGGUUGGUUUGAUUGGCUUUUUAGCUGGCUCCCGAAUCUUAAUUGGUUACGAGACCUCGUUAAAGUAUUGUUUAUAAUUUUGCUAAUUAUACUUCUGGCUUUGCUCUUUUUGCCUUGUAUUAUGUCCUGCUUAAGAAACAUGAUGGCGAGACUGAUCACUGCUACUUUCAGUCAGCACAGGGAAGUUCAGCGUGUCAUGUACAUGCAGUUAAACACCAUGGAGCAAGAAACCACCCCACUGUAAUUGGUUGGUUUGUGUAACCAAGAAAAUGUCUUCCUUGGUUACAAGAAAAAACGGGGGAAUGAAGGGGUCACUUAGCCCAAAGUGACUCCAUUUUAGAAUUGCCUGUCUGCUUUGAAAUGGAGGAUCAGUCUCCCCUCUGAAUUAUAAAGAUUUGCAACUUGCUGUUUUUGCAGCAUGUGUCUAAGUUUAGCAAGAAUCAGUUUCGGUUGAACUUGCGGUUAGGGUAAUUCCGAGAAUUGUAUGCAACAUAUAUACGUUACAUGUGUUUUGCUCGCACCUGCUGAAAUCUUGUGGUUGAAACAUCCUGGACUUGUUGACAACGCAGGAAACUCUAGCUCACCACAAACUGAACUGGAGAAUUUCCAGUAAACUCCAGUCCAGAAAGAGGAACUAAAAUGUAAUAAACAACUGCCCUAUAAAUUGGCCGAGUUAGAAACACUCUUGGCCGACAGCUUUUGCCAGCCACACACUGCUGUGUGACUCUGUCAGCCGGUAGCUACCUAAUAAAGGUGUGUUUGUCCUCAA